CAGAGCCCCAGUUCCAGCACCCGCCCCCCUCCAGCUUGUUCAGAGGAGCUCAGCUCUGGGGGAGAAGGCAAAGCCAAAACCUAUUGAGUUGCAGUUAAAAUGAGGGCGAAAAAGGCUUUUGUUUCAGUUCUGCAGAUGGUCGGGGAGCUUGUGUUUUUUAGCAAGAAUUUUCUAGAUCUUUUGGCUUGAACCAUCUGAAUAACUGCCUCAAGCUUUUGCAUGGUUCCCACUGGGUGGGCUGGGGUGGGAGGGGCUGUCGUGCAUGGUCCGGAAAAGCUGGAGAAGGCUGUUCCUUUGCCUCGAGCCUUGGAUUUCUUAUCUGUGAAAUGGGAGGCUGCAAUGAUGAAUGGCAAAGUACCUUUUUUUUCCAGCUCUGAAAGUCUAGGAUAUUUCACCACUGGAAGACCAGCAGACAAUGUCAUGACAACUCAAGAGGAUACAACAGGGUUGCUUCAAAAGACAAGUCUUUGGACCAUGUCAAGACCUGGAGCGAAGAAGGUAAUGAACUCCUACUUCAUAGCAGGCCAUGGGCCAGCAGUUUGCUACUACUCUGUCUCUUGGUUAAGGCAAGGCUUCAGUAUCACCCUGACUUCUUUUGGAAGGAUCCCUUGGCCUCAGGCUGGAGUGGGCACCUGCCCUAGCCCACAGAGCUGGGUUUCUCUCUUUCUUCAACCACACAGGGAGCACCACUAUGCAAAGACCUCAUCACAUUCACAGCCAUCUCCCCAGAGCCUUGCACUGUACUUGGCAUAUAGCAGGUGCUCAAUAAAUAUCUGCCAAAUGACUGAAUGCAUCUCACCAGCCUCAGGAUGCCACCAGGCCCUGAGGGAGCCAGGAAGAUCAAAGGAAAGCUUUUGGAUUCCUGCCACGCCUUACAUUAGCAACAUCUUCUCUGAGUCCUGACAGCCAGCCUCCUGAGACACCAUUCGAGCCAGCUGAAUUCUGGUCACCGCUUCACCUUGGAAAGGCAUCCGCAGCCCUCACCAAGCGGCCCCGUAAUUGACAUCACAGCGGGGCCAGGAGCUGCCCUGUUCAUAUUUAAUGUGGCCUUCACUGCGGCAAAAUACAGCCUCCAAGAGCUGGAGGGGCCACGCAGAAUCUCCAUAGGGUUGUGAGGAGGGCACAGAUGGGAAAGGGCUUUAUAAACCAUAAAGCGCCCAACAGAUGAGCAUUCUGCCGACCCAUUUCAGUCCCUGGCUUAACUCAGAAAGAGCCGGGGCUGCACAUGCCUGCAGUGGGACAAGAAGACUGCUGACCGAGCCUGAACACUAAAUCAGUGGGGGAUUAGGGGCUCCUGGGUACAUUCCAUGGAGACAGUGGGAGGGCAGAGCACUGGCGCCAGCCAGACCUGGACUCCACUCCAGGUUUGCCCCCUGCACAGCUGUGUGACUGGGUCAUCAAGUGGACUGCUGAGCCUCAGUCCCCCUUAUCUGUGAAAUGGGAAUGAUGCUUUCCUUGUAGCAGCACUGCUGUGAGGAUUCAGUGAAACGAGUGAUGCCAAAGACCUAGCUUCACUCAUUGCAGGCUGUCAACACAGGCUGAGACCCUUCUCCAAAACCAGGCCUGGGACCUGAGGUUGGAGAGAGGAGACACGGGGCCCCUUCAGGCAUUCAUCGGGCAGAGUGAUGGUGGGAGGGAAGAAGGAGCAAGGAGGCACAGGAAGGAUGACCUGGGAGCCAAGCAUCUCAGGAGUGGACAGUGAAGACCGAACUCCUAAGGUUGUGAUGAGAAUUCAGUGAGAACAUGCAUGCCCAGCACAGCUUCAAGCACGCAGAAACAGUAAAACCGAUUGCAGAAUGCCAUCAUAUCUGCGUCCCAGAGCUGAGCUCACCCACUUAGCAAGAUUCAUUCUGACAGCAUGAGCCUGCAGUU